AUGGUGGAGGAACUUAUGUUGGCUGUUUCAGAUUUUGCUCCUUGCACAGGUUCAAGCGAUGAGUGGAGAUGGACGGCGACAACGGAUGGCUUAUUCACAACCAAGUCGGCAUACGAUCUCCUUGCGGUGAUCAAAGGAGAGCAACAAAUCCAGCCUUUGGAGCUGGCCAAAGUUUGGGAAGCUCCGACGCCGCAUAAAGCCAAAGUGACUGCUUGGAGAUGCCUGAGAAAUAGAUUGGCAACGUGUGAUAAUUUGCUUAGAAGAAACAUACAGCUCGGCAUUGAGGAGAGAUGGUGCAACGCUUGUGUGUCGUGUGAGGAGACAGCGGAACACCUGUUCUUACAUUGCCCGAAAGCAGAGGCGGUCGGGGAUCAGAUACAACAAUGGCUCAACAUCAAAACGGCAAAACCUAGAGGUAUUCUUCAACACUUCAUCUCCUUCAUUUCCGAAAGAAAAGGGAAGAAAGGCAGGAGAUUGCUUCUAGCGUUGUGGGUGGGAACUAUUGGGAUGUUAUGGAAAAGCAUAAAUGAAAGUCGAUUUCAGAGCAAGAUUAGUAAAAGCUUUGAAAUGUUCAAAAAUACCUUGUGGUCUUGGAGCUUGAACGCCCAACCAUCUUUGCACUCCAUUCCAGACAUCUUCGACUUUUGGGCAGCUAAUGAGGGUUUCCUGUUGAUUGCAGCAUCCAUUGCACAAAUUUUCCACUUCUCCAAUAGAGAUGUUUCGUCUCCUUAA